UAUUUAUACUACAAACAAGUAAAUGUCACUGUGACAAGAGAGUUCGCAGCGAUUUGAAUGAUAUGGCGGACGACGAAGAAGAAGAUGAAGGACAGGGAGGAGAAGAAGAAUACUUCGAGCCAACAACCGAAUUUCUCAAAAUAACUGACGAGCAACUUGCCGAAUUGAACGAAACGUAUGAAAUGUUCGAUCCGUUUGGAAACGGUUCCAUUCCCAACACCAGCUUGGAUAUGGCACUGAAAGCGCUGGGUUACUACAAGCCUGUGAGUGAUCUCCAAGAGAUGACGCUCACAAUGGACCCAAAUGAGACGGGUACGAUACCGCUGUCCAAAUUUUAUAAUUUAGUGGCCGCCAUUAUGAAUGACACAAGUGAAAUAGAUGAGUUGCGAGAAGCAUUCAAGGAAUACGACGAAGAUGAAGACGGAAUGAUUGCGACUUUAGAUUUACGUAAAGUUAUAACGUCCGUUGGAGAACCGCUCACCGAAGAAGAAAUAUGCGAAAUGAUAAGAGAAGUGGACGGAAAUGCAGACGGCGAAAUUAAUUACGAAGAAUUUAUUUCGCUUAUGACAUCCAAGUGAUAUAACCGCGCGGUCAAUAUGUAUCAGAAAAGUAAGACUAGGAGUUAUCAUUUUUGACGUAACCCAAAUCUGAAUUAAAAGAAUUGUCAUGACACGUCAGGUUUUCGAAAGAUGUUAAUUUUAAACUUCAAAAAAUGCAUUUUUGGUCUUUUUGUAUUCAAUAUUACCUGAAGUAAAACGACAAAACAGA